GUUGAGGAUCAAAGAUUGAUUUGUGAGAACUGUUAUCUAGUGAGUGAGUUUUCGAAAGCCCAAGUCCCAAUCAUGAAGUGUGCUGUUGCAUUUGCUGCUAUUUUGGCCGUUGCCUUGGCUGCACCUCCACAUGAAGAUCGCGAUGCCCAUAUCACUAAAUUCGAGAAUGACAACCUAGGCAUUGGGGGCUAUCGGUACCAAUACGACACCAGCAACCGAAUUCAGCAUCAGGAAGAAGCCCAGCUGAAGAAUUUUGGUGAUGAUGUUGCCGCUCUGGUUGUUCGAGGAUCGUAUUCCUACACCGGAGACGAUGGACAGGUUUACACCGUGAACUACAUUGCUGACGAGAAUGGAUUUCAACCGGAAGCUCCCCAUAUUCCUCGUGCCUAGAAAAGA